CACAAAGUUAUAAUUAUGGGUUCCACAGGAGUAGCAGUGAAUGAGGUCAAGCCUCAUGUGGUUUGCAUACCAUACCCAGCUCAAGGCCAUGUUAACCCAAUGCUAAAACUAGCCAAACUACUUCACCACAAGGGCUUUCACGUAACAUUUGUCAACACGGAGUUCAACCACGGACGCCUCCUCAAGUCUCGAGGGCCCAACUCCCUCGACGGUCUUCCUUCGUUCAGAUUCGAAACCAUUCCAGAUGGGCUUCCGCCGACGGACGUGGACGCCACCCAAGAUAUUCCGUCCUUGUGCGUGUCGACGAGCAAAACCUGUUUGGCACCCUUUAGGGAGCUUCUUAAGAAGCUAAAUACCUCUUCGUCGGCCGGCAUUCCUCCGGUGACCGGAAUAGUUUCCGAUGGUGUCAUGAGCUUUACUAUGGAAGCAGCCAAGGAGCUUGGUGUUCCCGAAGUUAUUUUCUGGUCAACCAGCGCAUGUGGCUUCUUGGCCUACCUUUAUUACCGUCAACUCGCUGAAGACGGCAUCGUACCUCUUAAAGAUCCAAAUUACAUGACGAACGGGUAUCUGGAUACCGUCAUAGACAGAAUACCGGGCAUGAAAGAGAUGCGCUUGAAGGACUUCCCCAGCUUCGUCAGAACCAGCGACCCAAACGACAUCAUGUUCAAUUUUCUCAAGCACGAGAGCCAAAGAGCAAAGGAAGCCUCCGCUGUUGUCAUAAACACAUACGACACCCUCGAGCAUGACGUCCUAGAGGCUCUCUCUUCCAUAUUACCAACUAUUUACACAAUCGGACCGUUGGCUCUGCUAGUCAACCAGAUUCCGGACAAGAAUGUCAAGGCCCUGGGAUCAAACCUAUGGAAAGAAGACCCUUAUUGCCUCAAGUGGCUCGACACCCAGGAGCCAAACUCCGUGGUUUACGUCAACUUCGGAAGCAUCACUGUCAUGACGGCCGAACAACUAGUCGAGUUCGCUUGGGGACUUGCCAACAGUGGCAAGAGCUUCUUGUGGAUAAUUAGGCCUGAUCUCGUAGUAGGGGAAGCUUCGAUCGUACCACCUGAGUUUGUAACGGAGACGAAGGAGCGGGGCCUGUUGGCGAGUUGGUGCCCUCAAGAGCAAAUUCUGAACCACCCUGCGAUCGGAGGGUUCUUGACACACAGUGGCUGGAACUCGACCAUUGAAAGCAUCAGCAGUGGAGUUCCGGUCAUAUGUUGGCCCUUCUUUGCGGAGCAACAGACGAAUUGUAGAUACAGUUGUAGAGAAUGGGGGAUAGGAAUGGAGAUAGAAGGUGAGGUUUUGAGAGGGAAGGUGGAGAAGCUGGUUAGGGAGUUGAUGAGUGAUAGUGAGAAGGCUAAGGAUAUGAAGAAGAGAGCUUUGGAGUUGAAGAAGUUGGCUGAGGAAGCCUCUUUUGGACCUGAAUCGUUGUCUUAUAUCAAUUUGGAUAAUUUGAUCGAGCAGGUUCUGUUGUCCCCGAGGACUAAUUAGAGAACUACGAUAUUUGAUCAAGAUUAUGAUUCGGUUUUAUGUAAUAUGUAUAUUAGAGUACUUGGUGGUCUAAUCCAAGGUAUUUAUUUCUUAUAUUAUUGUACAACUUCAUCUCAUCGUGGUUUUAAUUCUAUGUGUUUGGGGACUUGUG